CUUUACGCGCCCACUGUCUGUAUCUUCUAGCAAGGGUCUCCUUGACAUUCUCCAUCACUCACGAAGCCCAGGUCCGCCUGGUAAAGUCGCGCAAACCCGGCGGCGACAGGUUUUCUUCCUCCUUCGGCCGCGACCCGGACGCGCUGGCGCCAACUUACGCGGCAGUGAACACGAGCACGACGAGCACGCGACGACUCCCGCGAAAAUCCCUUGUCCUUUGCUAUGGAAUCGCCCCAGCGCGACGGGCUGAACGGGCACUCGAAUGGCAUCCACGACUCUCCCCCAACGCCCGAUCCCUCCGCCCCGCCACCGCCGCCAUCUAAUUUCGACCCUGAGCUCUUCCGCGGGUACCUGCUCGCGCUGCUUCCCCCAUUGACCGGCGCGGAUCCGGCGGAGCUCGACAUUCUGUUCGAUAGCGAGUAUGAGGAGAAGGUAUCAAAGUUUGCAGCCGAGGGCGCGAACGUGAUAUACGUCGUGAAGGCGAGGGAAGGACCGGUCGACACGGAGGCCUACAACAACUUCACAUAUGAGCUGACGCCCCAUCUCUCCUACCAUCCGAGCCAUGUCCUCACCCUCGCCAUCAUCAAGCGCAGUCAAACGCUCGAUCCAACCGCGCCGCUUGUCACCCAGCUGCACAUUCUAAACCUCUUUGGCGGCGAGGAAACACCAUACGAGAGUCUACACGCCGUUGUCAGUCAUGCAGUCAAGCCGUACUUCGACGCCUUCGUCGGCGCGCGCGGCGCGAACAAGGAGGGUGGCGACGCAAAGAUGGGCAUCCCGAUGACGAAGAAGAAGUUUGCCGAGCUCGAGCUAUCGCUGCUGCAUCUUCAGCAGAACGUCGAGAUUCCCGAGACGCACCUCGUCAUCCACCCGGUCAUCCAGCGCGCGGUUGAGCAGGCCGAGGCAGCGGGCGCGCGUCCAAAUAUCUCCUUCAUCCCACCCAAGCUGCUCAACGACAGUUCCUUCCUCAACUCGCUACACGCCAAUGUCAACUCGUGGAUCAAGGCGAUCCAAGGCGUCACGAAGCUUAAUCGGGACGUCGCAUCCGGCACCGCGUCGCAGGAGAUCAACUUUUGGCUGUCGCUUGAGCGCGCCUUGGAGGGUAUCGAGGCGCAACUACGCAGCGAGGCCGUCAACAUGGUCAUGGACUGCUUGCGCAACGCCAAGCGCUUCCACGCCACCGUCUCCUUCAUCGCCGACACCGGCCUCAAAGACGCGACGGACCUGGUGCACAAGUACAACCAGCUGAUGAAGGACUUCCCCCUGAACGAGCUCCUCUCCGCCACCGACCUCGACAAGAUCCAGGAGUCGCUCAACCUCAUCUUCAACCACAUCAACCGCAAGCUGAAACUGUCCCCCUACCCCAUUCGCCGCGCGCUUCCGCUCGUCGAGGCCAUCUCGCGCGACUUCAACGACCAGCUGCUGCGCAUCCUCACCUCGCACCGCCUCGCGUAUACGCCGUACGAGACGUUCGACCGCCUCCUCGGGCAGACGAUGGACAUCUUCCGCACGUGGGACGAGCACAUCAAGGAGUUCACUAACGUCGCGCGUGAGGUGACGCGCAAGCGGUCGGAGCGCUUCAUUCCAAUCAAGGUCGUUCCGGCGCAUGGGAAGCUGCAGGAGCGUGUGCGCUAUCUUCGCGAUUGGCGUAAGCAGCACGAGCAGCUGGCCGUGAUGACGGGGCCGACAAAGGGCCUUGGCGCGGAGGUCGGCGGCGCGGGCGGUAUGGACAUGGAGGAGGAAGUGAAGGAAGCGUAUGAGGUGAUCAAGCGGAUAGACGUCCUGGAUGUGUCUGUUGAGGGGACCGAAAUUUGGGUAGCCGCCGAGAACGCGUACAAUGAACGCGUCUCUCGUGUGGAGAACCAAAUCAUUGCGCGAUUGCGAGACAGGCUAGGGACUGCAAGAAACGCCAACGAGAUGUUCCGCGUGUUCUCAAAGUUCAAUGCUCUGUUCGUUCGCCCGAAGAUUCGUGGUGCUAUCCAAGAGUAUCAGACGCAGCUCAUUGAUUCCGUGAAGGAGGAUAUCAAGCAUCUCCAUGACAAGUUCAAAACCCAAUACCGGAACUCAGAAGCCUACCACAUGUCCCAAAUGCGCGACUUGCCACCCAUCGCAGGCGCCAUCAUCUGGGCACGCCAAAUCGAGCGGCAGCUUCUCACCUACAUGAAGCGUGUCGAAGACGUCCUCGGCAAAGGCUGGGAGCUAUACGCCGAGGGCCAAAAGCUGCAAGCUGAGUCCAACGCCUUCCGCAAGAAGCUCGACACGCGCCCCGUCUACGACGCCUGGCUGCACGACAUCAACCGGCGCAACAUGGGCGUCGACGGGCGGCUGUUCGAGAUCCUCAAACUGCGUGGCGGCGGCUUCCAGCUCGCGGUGAACUUCGACCCGCAGAUCAUCACGUUGUUCAAGGAGGUGCGGAACAUCCUGUGGCUGGGCUUCCAGGUGCCGCACGCGAUCACGAACAUGGCGAAGGACGCGAAGCGGGUGUACCCGCAUGCGGUGAGCUUGAUGGAGACGGUGAGGACGUAUGGGCAGACGUUGGACUUGGUGGAGAACAACAAGGGGAUCGAGUGGCUGGUGGCAGAGUAUAGGAAUGAAUCUCAGCGCAUGAUUUCGAAGGGCAUGAACAUCCGCUGGGACCAUUUCGUGAACCAGUACGACACCUCACGCUACAUGUCGGGCCCGGACGCGCGCGACAACCGGCACAUCCAGUUCGUGCGGGAGUUCGCAAGUGUGGUGUCGAUGUUGCAGGACAAGACGAACAGUGUAAUCGACUUGUACAAGGAUAUGCUGCGCGCGGUUGAGGAUCUUGGGACAUGUCCAUAUACCACUGAGGCCUUCUCAGAAUUGCUCAGCAAGGUCCAGGCUGCUAUUGAUCGCCUGAACCUCGAGGGCUACGCAAACCUCGAGCACUGGGUCGCCGAGCUCGACAAGCGGAUAGAAAGCAUCCUCUUGCAACGGCUCACGCAGAUCAUUCAGGUAUGGUGCUCCGAAUUCGACCGGCAGGACGACACGGAGCGCGCCCUACCUCCCUUGCGGGACAUUACGAACAAGCGGAGAGAUCGGCGAGGGUUCAAGGAAGAGAAGUUCCUCGAGGGCAACAUGACGAUCAAGCCUAUUGUCCAUGAGAUAAGGAUACAGAACCAAGUCAUUUUCUUGGACCCACCAAUAGAAUACGCGCGCGCAAGCUGGAUAGCGCAGCUGCACGAGUGGCUCGGCGUCGUCUGUAGGUUACGGCGUAUACAGAGCUCUCGAUACGAGAUUGGGUUGCAGAUCGCUGGCGCGAAUGCAACAGAGACGACAUACACGUCACUUCUAACGCGCUUCCCGGACAACGGCGUCCUGGAACGCCCCUUCGCGCUCAUUGAGCAGAAGGUGCAGCAGCUGCGCGACUACGUCGCCAAGUGGCUCCAGUUCCAGUCCCUCUGGGACCUCGAAGCCGAAUACGUCUUCAACCGCCUCGGCGACUCGCUCGCGAACUGGCAGCAGCUGCUCACCGAGAUCAAGAAGGCGCGCUCGACGUUCGACACGUCGGACACGCAGAAGUCGUUCGGCGUGUGCGUGAUCGACUACGAGCAGGUGCAGGCGCGCGUGAACGCGAAGUACGACGCGUGGCAGCGGGACAUCCUGAGUCGCUUCGGCGUCAAGCUCGGAAAUGCGAUGAAGGAGAUGCACGCGGCAAUCCUGAAGGCGCGCAACGACCUCGAGCACCAGUCGAUCGAGGGCUUAGUUGGGGCGCCGCGGAGGUUCUGAGGUGCGCCGUCUGGAGCCUGAAGACCGCGUACUGGUUCGCGUUGCUGCCCUGCUUCUUUUGCUACCCACUUUCUCUUCGCUCUACAUAAUAUGUUUCUCGGUUGCUGUUGGUCGCUCGCUCAGCCUGUUGUUUAUAUAUCCCUUUCCUUGACCACUUCAACUCUCACGUCGUUUGCAUACCGGCUUACAGCAUAUCCAUGUACCACUUCAUGUUAUAUUCCUCUAACGACUUCUAAUGCGAGUCUCAUGGAACGAUUCUUGACGAGUGCGGUGCUGGUGCUCGCUUUA